AUGGAGAGAAAUGUAUCUUCACCAUUCGUCACGACCUCUCUCCCGACUCGACUCCCCUUAAAUACCACGGGUGACAUCAAUGCCACGGCAAAACCCUUCAGUGUGUUUGAUGGGUGCGAUCAUCAGGUGGAGGGCAUUCUGUUUGACCUGACCCUGCAGUGCAUCAACGUACUUGUGGGAAUCCCUGCCAACUUACUUGUCAUUGCGGUCCUCAUCCGCAAUCGCAAAGAGCCCUCCACCUCAGACAUAUUCCUGGGCUGUCUGGCCUUCAUGGAUGCCUACUUCAGUGCCAUUCCCCCCAUCAUCCUCCUUAACCUUUACCACUGGCAGAGCAAAGGGGUGUGGUCUGCCAUUAAGUUCUCCUACGGUGUGAAAGACACCAGCGGCCCGCUGUUUCUCUCCUGCAUCUGCCUGGAUCGCUUUGUGGCUGUGCUCUUUCCAAUACUGUUUGGGCAGCUUAAACACAUUAAGUACAGGUUAAGCCUCUCAGUGCUAGUAUUCUGCCUCACCUUUGCCUAUUCUGCAGCCAAGACGGUGGGAGGCCUCCCCAACUUUGAGAAGGUAUUCACCGGUGAGAUCCUGGCAACAUUUACUUGGAUGGUUGUGUGCAACGGAAGCAUCCUGUGGGCCCUGAAGAGGUCCCGUGGGGCAGGGAAAGAUGAGAUGCACCCCAUGAAGAAGAAGGCCUUCAAGAUGGUGCUCUCCAUCCUUUGUAUCAUUGUGUUUAACUACCUGCCACCUGUGGCGCUGUUCCCUUUUGAGGACAUUUACUCCCCCGAUGUGUUUCGCUGCUAUGUGCAGCCUGUUGGCUUCGCCUUCCUCAACAUCAGCAGCACGAUCCAGCCACUGGUUUACCUGUCUCGCCUGGAGAAGCUGCCUUUCCUCUCAGAUGCCUGUGUUCAGAAGUGCUGCUGCUGCUGUAGGAGCUGA